GACCAACCCAGAGAAGUAAGGAAGAGAGAAGGCUGGGUUCUGGGAAAUAGUCCUCUACCAGGUCCUGGGUCUCAAGCUUCCUCGGCAGGAAUCCCCCCCUCUGGUGCUGCCUCUGCAAAGAAGGCCAAGGUUACAAAAGGGCAGGGUACAGGAGCCUGAGUCACACGGAGAGGCCAGGCUGCCUCCCCAAGGCUUAGGGAGAAGGCGCACAGGGACAAAGUGCAGGAAGAUUCUUGACGAGAUAAGAGUGAAGGAAGACAGGGUAGGGAGCAACUGCUCCUGAAGCUCCAAGAUGCGGCUCCUGAAGACUGACUGGAAGCCCAGCUCAGCCCACAGGCAAGGAGGCUACUUAGGGUCUCUUCACCCCAGCAGCGGCUAGAAUGCUGAGAACCAGGGUGACCAGAGCACCACAUACCAGCCUCAGCCAACCCCCCAGUUGUCCACCAGGUGCUGGAGGCUGGACUCCCACGCACCUGGCCUUUUUUGGGUGGAGCCGGUCGUGUCCCGAGGUCGUCGCUGCAGUGGUACCCGGCCUGUAGGAGCCUGGCUGGUCCAGGGGACGCUACUAGACCGCCCACCCCUCCACGCCCCCCACCGCCCACAAAGGCGGUUUGCUCCCUCCCACGGAUCCUUCUCCUCCCCUUCUUCACUCCCUCCCUCAGAGUCCAGUUGCUCAAGACUCUUCCUUCCCCACCGCCAGCGCCAGUUCCUCUCCCAGUGGGGCCCUUGGAAGGCCAACGAACGCUAGCUAUUGGAGCCACCCAGGCCGGGCGGCAGCUGGAAGAUCAUGGCCCAACCCCAAGGAGACGCGAACCCGCUGCCCAAGGCCUCGCACGAGCCAGUCAAACUGAACGCGCCGAGUGCCCUCCAAAUCCGCUCCAACAGAACCGACUUCUGUAGCCUUGGCAGGUACAAGGGCGAAACCGUCGCGAACAGUACCGCCCAAUCCCAGGAGUCGAUCUUCUACAGCACUCUGAUGGUGACUGGGUCGAGCGGGACACGCAGGCGGGGGGCGCCGCGGGAGCUCCAGGGGCUGCUGGGGGCGGCUCCCUCCGGCUGGCUGUCGGAGGAGGGCUUGGAGCCGGCGGCGUCUGGGUCGCGCCGCUCGAGCGGACAGGGUAGCAGCCGAGUGUGCCUGGAGCCGCGGGAGCACGCGUGGAUUCUGGCAGCCGCCGAGGGCCGUUUUGAGGUGCUGCUGAAGUUGCUGGAGGUUGAACCCAGCUUGCUGUUGCGGGAUGACCCGAUCACCGGCUACAGCGUGCUGCACUGGCUGGCAAAGCACGGACUCCACGAGGAACUCAUUCUCUUGUACGAUUUUGCCCAGCGCCAGGGACUGCCUCUUGAUGUGAGCGCCCCGGGAAGCGGUGGCCUCACACCACUCCACCUGGCGGCUCUGCAGGGCCACGAUAUGGUCAUCAAGGUGCUGGUGGGAGCCCUGGGGGCUGACCCCACGCGUCGCGAUCACAGUGGCCACCGACCUUGUCACUAUCUGAGACCCAGUGCUUCUCAGAGCCUGCGGGAGUUGUCUGGAGCAGAAGAAUGGGAGAUGGCACGCUACGAAGAGUGCGACAAUGCCAACAACAACAGCAGCAGUGCCAGUGGGUGGUCACUGAGAGGAACCCCAAGUGCAUCGCGCCUCAAGUCCAUGGGAACACACUAUAAAGAGUUGGCUCAGCCCGCCAAAGAGAAGGCAUCAGGCAAUCAGGGAGUACAAGGCAAUGGCCUUCUGCGCCAUCUGUUCCCCUUCGUGCAGGACCGUUGAAGGUGACGUGGACUAACCAGAGAGCUCAUUGUUGUUCUAACCGUACCCAAGUAGAUGCUACUCCGAUGCAGCUUGGGGCCUGUAAUGGGCAGACCACAUCUGGGCCCCCAGAGCUGUCACAGGUCUCCUGCCACUGGCUAACUGUCCGAAGAAUCGACAGAGAAGGAGAGUUAAGAACCAGGCUGGCCUUGAUGGGCAACACCAAUGUUACAAGAUCGUGAUCUUCCUUGGAAGAGAGAGGGAAAAUUACACUUCUAGUAGCCAUUUCUAGGCAGAUUGAAGUACUGAGUUUACUAGAUAAUAUUAAAAAGUAAUUUAACACUGUAAACUACUAAUGCAGAGCAAACACCUAAUACCUGCCUGCCUGGGUCUGCUGUUAGCAAAUCUCCCUGGGUUGGUAGUGUUGGCCUCUGCCAUCCUGCUCCUGAGACUCGCCAGGCCUUACCAGCUCUUAGCCUGAUUGAUGUAUCAUGGAUGAGUUCUUAAGUACAUUAAAGUGGAAUUUUCUUCCUUCCCACACAACAAA